AUGCGCGGGAGCACCGCUGCCCCAGUCCCCAGUUCCGCUCCCGGCCUCACUCACCGGGAAGCUCCGGCGGCGGCUGCGGCCCCCGCGGAGGAGCCAAGAUGGCGGGGAGCGCGGCUCUCGCGAGAGGCGGCGGCGGGCGGGGCCCGGCCGCGCCAAUGGGGCUCGCGCGGGCGGCAGUUUGAAGCCCCUCAGCGGCGCGCGGCCCGGCCCGGUUUCGCUGAGGGCCGCCCCGGCCCCGGCCCCGCUCCGCUCCGCUCCGCUUCGCUUCCCCCGCUCGGAGCCAUGGACGUGACCGGGGUCUUCUUCGGCAAGCUGCGGGAGCUGGCUCUCACAGUGGAGAAGGAGGUGAAGCAGCUGGAGCGGGCCAUGCGCCGGGAGGACGCGGACUAUGAAGAUGAAUCUCCGCUCGCAGUCUUGAAUGACCUCCAUGGCGAAAUCAAGGCUCAGAAGGAAGAUGUCAGUGCCAGUCUUGGUAAGAUUUGCUCUGAAAAAAAAGCAGUUCAAGAGUUUAUGAAAGCAAGUGAAAUCUUGAUGCAAAGAAAUGCAGCAGAUCUUGGAAAAAUAGGAGAACUGUUCCAGAAAUAUGGCUACAAACCAAAUGUCAAAGACUCUACAGAAGAGGAGGAUAAAGCAAACAGUGAAUCAGCAAUGUCUGUUCAGAAGAACUCUGAUGAGGAAAAAGCAAAUGAUGUACCUCACCCAUCUGCCUCUGCAGAGAAGCCACCGUUGCCCAAAGACCCUCUGCGUAACCCCCAGCUCUCCGAUUUCGGUCUCUCACAGUACGCGUUCUCCAGGCCUUGGAGCGCGCUGAAAGCGCAGCACGCGGCGGGUGCGAGUCAGCUGAGGGCCAAGAGCGAGACUCCGCUUGGAUUGCGAACACCGCGGGCUUUGCCCAAAACACCGAAAUGUAAGCUGAAGAUGGAUGACUACGAGUGUGUAACGCCAAAACUCGAACACUUCGGCAUUAGUGAACAUACCAUGUGUAUGAACGAAGAUUAUACGAUGUCACUUAUUCAUAAAACUUCUCAGACAAUCAAAAAGUUGGUUAAAAGAGGAGAUAAUAAUGGAGGGAAUUUGCCAGAAAUGACAGUAAAGGAAAUCAUGGUUACUCCUGCAUCAAAAUCAAGUAAGAGAGCUAAGAAUGCAGCAGCUGACUGGAUGGCUUCUCCUAUGGUAUUUGUGUUCUGUACUCCUGACGUGAAGGACUCCUCCAAAACAAAUAAUACAGUAUUAUCAAGGUCACCAGAGACAAAGGAACUGCCUCUUCCCAGUCAUGCAGCAACACCACAGUGUCCAGAUUUUCAAACAGGAUGGCUAAAAGCAGAAGCUAAGCAGCAGGUAACACCAGGGGAGAAGCUUGAGUCAGUGACAAAAAAUGAUGCAAAAGAUAUGCCACGCAAAGAAGAAAGAAUUCCUUUUGCUGCAAGCUCUGAUGAGUAUCUUAAACAUACUGGGGACCCUUCCCCUCCCAAACUGGAAGACUAUGACCAUUUACUCAAUACUCCUCCACCUCCAGAAAUAACAAGGAUACCAGAUAAUGUUCUAAAGAUGCUUUCCCAAUAUAAUCAUAAGGUAGACUCUUCUAAAGCCAAGGAAAUGGAGACCAAGGCAGGAAAUACUACAAGAUUUGAAAGUGGUUCCACUGAUUACAGCAACAAAGAGAACAGGUAUGAUUACACUUUACAAGUUUGGUUAAGUAAUUUAAUUUGUAGGAGGUACAAAGAGGCUUUAAUGCACUUAGAAAUGCAUAUAGUUGCUUGCUAUUCAACUAUCAAAACAGCUCUUUUUUCUGUGACUAAAUAACUGGGGGUUUGGCAUUGUAUAUAGCUGCCUGUUUGUAAAGAACAAAUAUUACAGCUGAUAAUGUGUUUGGAUCCUCCCAAAUUAAAAAAAAAAAAAAAAGGAAGGCAGAAUUUUACUGUAGGUAUACUGUGCUUUGUGGCAAUGAAAGCACCAGUGAAUGCUUUCUGGGUAAGUUUAGGCAAUGCAAUGAAAGAAUUUGGUAAAAAGUAUCUAAGUAAGAAUUGAUUUCACACUUGUUUUGGUAAAGACAAAAUACUUGAAAUGAAAAGCUACAAUAAGUAUGAGUAAUCUUAAAACAAUUGAAUUAUAGUUUUAUAAAGAAUAUAAAGAACACCAUCAGUUUGAAUAUAAAGAAGUUUUUAUGACAACUUUAUCAAAGCAUACAUAUUCCUGAUUCAGUGUAAUAUAUAGUAUGCUUGUUGAUUACCUGUUAAACUUAGAGUCUGUAAAGAUUAUUUAAAUAGGUGGUACCAGGGACAUGUAAGGAACAACAACCCAGAGUGACACUGAUAAAAGUUGGUAUCUUGCUAUACUUGGAAGUUGGAAUCCAUUUGAGUAAUCUCACUUUAGCUGAGAAAGCUUCGUUUUUUGUUGUCAAGACAAAAAAAAAGACAAAUUUUCAAUAUUUCUGUCUUCUGAUAAUUCAAAAUAUGAUUUAAAUAAGCUCAUGAACACAUCUGGGUAUAUUUUCAGAGGAUAUCAUGGAGUUUUCAAGACAAACAUCUGAAAUGAAACUGAAGACCAUGUUGAAACUUUCACAUUCAUGGAUCUUAUCACCAAAUCAUAACAAGUUCAAAAAGCAAAAGGAAAUACUGGUGGGAAGAAAGAGCCAUACUGAGAAAAGGCUUUUUUUAAUGGAGAACAGUUCUUUAUCCAUGAUGUGGAUAAACUUGUUUGAACUAACAGCUUGUUGUUGACUUAAUCGGCAAAAUGUAUUGAGGGAUUUUAAAUAUAUUGCACUUCCAAGAGGAAUGGAGAUCCAUGUACAAGGUGGUACUUCAGUUGUUUGUUGUGUAGGAUUGCAUUUGCAGUAGGCUGUAGAGAGUGCAGUUAGAUUGUAAUAAAAGUCCAGCAUAUUGCUUUCAAAAGUGGAUAUCUCUGGCUGUUCUGGUGGCCGUACAUCCUUUCAGGGCUGAAGCUGAAGUCUGGUACUUCAACAGUAUUUGGUAUCUUCAACAGAAACAAGUAAAUUUCUUUGUAUUGGAAAAGUAACUCCUGCUUUACUGUUUAAAGCAGUUCUGGGCUUUUAGUCCUUUCUGCAGUGCUAAGAUGUAUCUUACACAUUCCUGCAUCAGACUGACUGUUACCUCUCUGCCAGACAGGCAUUUCCCAUGCAGAUUCUUUCUUUAUAUAUCAACAUAGUAUCUCUCAGCUGCUGUGCAUCUGGUUUCUUUGUAGCCUUGGAAGGUGACUCCGGCUCUACUGGGAAUCAGUUGAAAAUGUGCAAUUGUUACUGGUUAUGUGCAUCUUUAGCUGCUUGGAAGAAUUUGCUGGCAGGCCUGUAGGUGGUUGCUUCCUCGCCUGCUGCUGCCAUGUGUAUUCUCUUCAGUGCUGGUGUCACUUAUAAAUGUGCACAUCUAACCCUGUAGUAGCUGACCAAGCUGAAGUUCUCAGAGCUGUUUGGCACUCUUUUGGUAGUCGUUGUAAUUAGGGUUCUUUUUCUACCAGCACUUUUAUUGUUUUCCACCAGAAAACCCAGCUCCAUAUCAUUAUUUGGAGGCAAUUUGCUGUUUCCAGUGUCAGCUAUUCCUCUAAAUGACUCCAGUACUGUUCUUACUGUAUGUCUUCCAUUUGAUGACUGAAAUUCUGUCAUUUAUGUGAGGGCAGACAUGCAACACAUGAAAAGGGAGAGGCUGUCGCAGGAGAUGGGGAUAAGUGGAUGGUUUUCUGAACUCAGCUCCACUUUUUUUUUUUUUAAGCCUUCAGGAUAUGCAAACAUCUAGAGAAACCCACAAGUAUUUCUUCAUUUGCUUAGACUUGUCCUGGUUAAAAUUUAACAAGUAAAGGUGCCUUUUUCCUGCUAAUACAGUCAUUUUCCAGGAUAAGCAUGCAUCACAUUAAUUGGAGGUGAUUUUCUACUAGAUCUGACCUGAGCAUGCUGUCAUUGAAAAUGCUUAUUAAAAUUAUGUAUAUAUUAAUGUGUCGGUCUGUAAGCUUAAUUAACACUUUUGGAAACUAAACAAAUCUGUCUCAAAUGCUUAGUGUCUGCUAUAAAAAUACUUAUUUAUUCUACCCAUCCUCCUCAGAGAGUGAAGGCCUGCUUCCAGCUUUUUCAUGGUUUAAAGCCUGGUUCUGCUGGUUCUCUGGUUCUCUGCUGGUUCUGCAAUUUCAUGGCCUUGGAAAGGUACAAAGUAUUCUUGCUGCAGAGCAAGAGGGUUUCAACCAGGCUUAUUUACCAGCACUAAAUGGGAGGGAUUUCACAGCCUGCAGUCUCUUUCUUGCCCUGCAGCAAGCCAGGUAGCCUUUUAACAUGAAAUGGAACAAGCAGCACUACUACAGACCUUGUUGUAUUCCUCUGUCUUCAAUUAAUGAAAUUCACAAAAGGGUUUAGAGAAGUCUUUUCCCUAAACUUGAGAAGAACUCAGCACUCCACUGUGCUUUCCUCCAUUAGGAAACUGUGGAGCUGUACCUUUUUUGUGGAGCUGAGUUUCUCACUGCAAGGCAUGUGCAUAAUUUUGCUUGCCUAUUAAUAUUUUCUGCUAUAUAUUAUUAACUAAUAACUACCUUCAAUAUGACAAUUGAAACCUUAAAAUCUUCUGGUCUACUCAAGCUGUUGUGAUAUGAUACAGGGAUGAGACUUUUUGGAAUCAAGAACUGAAGUUGCAUGUGUCAGUUUUGUUUUUAUUGCAUUCAAUAUUACUCUAAUACAUGUAAUAUUGUUGUUUGUAUUCUUUUUUUAUAGGCAAAGCAUUGCUCUGAGAUUAGAUUCAUUAGAUUCAUUAGAUUCAAAAUCAUGACAGCAAAACAAAAACUAGUUUUAGUUUGCUGUACUUCACCUUUGAAAUUCUUUUAGGUUUCAGGAUGUCGUAAACAGUAGGUUGAGUAAUGGGAGUGGGUGGGAGGGAGGGAAAUGACAGCAGUGAAAGUGUAAGCACUGGAACAGGCUGCCCAGAGAGGCAGUGGAGUCUCCUUCUCUAGAAAUAUUCAAAACCCACCUGGAUGCAAUCCUGUGCAAUCUGCUGUAGCAUGGGAGGUGGGACAGGUGGGUGUAUGGUUGUCUGAUAUAUUGGAAAAACCAAGGAUGCAGCCAUGGGGCUGGAGGAGGGUAAAACUCCUCUUAAGCCAGUGUUGUUGCUGGAGAAAGGCUCAUCCAGCUGCACUAUAAAGUUAAUAAUGUGUCAAAGUGGGAAUGAUGCAAAAGAACUUAAAUUUUCAAGUUGGUUUGUUGUGGGGUGGAUCUCUUUAACAGCAUUGAUCUGUCAGGAAGUGCAGUUUGGAUAAACAGUAGCUACAUAAGCAGCAAACAGAAUGGUUCUGUAAGAGACAGUCGUCACCUGAAAACAAGCAAAAUUGCCAGAGUACAGUUUUGUGUUGUGCUUUAUUUAGUUUAAUUGGGGGCUGCUUCCACUGGAGGCUGUUUCACCAAUUCCCUUGCACAGAAUUUAGGGGUUGCACUGUUUUACAGUAGAUUUCUUCAUUUGCCAAGACACUGAAAGGCUAAUUAUUUUUGUUUUCUCAUCUAGUUUGUCCUUCCCAACUGUAAUCUCAAACUCAGCUUUUGCCCAUGUGAGUGCUUGAUCAGAUGUAAGGGAAGGGUGAGAGGGGAGAUCACAUCUCCUAGCAGUGCCUGCUCUCAGAAAAGAUUGAACGCAGCACAAAAUUUCUCUUCAGUAUUUAAAAGCAUCUGGGAAGUAACCAAAAAAGCGUAGCCCUUACUUUUCCUUUGUUUGCUGUUGUUCUUAAUAUUUUUCUUUUCUUUUUUUUUUUUUAAGUAUAUCAAAUAUUUCAGCUAACAGAAGCUUCUCCCCCUAAUCCCAUUUGUUGUCAAAGGAGCAUCUCAACUGUUCUGCCCAGGAAGCCCCUUAAUAAGGUGGUCCGUGCUUUCUUAUCUGGGCAAUACUUUGCCUGAGGUUGGACACAAUUAUUGUGAACACACUGAGGUCUCUCAGUGAAAUUGAACUUCCCAGAUGGUUGUCAAAGGGAUAAUUGAUGAGGAUUACUUCUAGUGCCUCCCAUUGUGUUUUAUUGGAGAUUUUAUUAACCACUGGAGCAAUAAUUGGAGUCCAGGCUUCCUUGCUUUUUAAAGCACCCUGGCUGCUUUAAAUUUCCUGCAAAAUAUCACAUUUGCUUUGUUCUCACUUGUCACUAUUCAAAUGUUCUAGCACUCAUGGUGAUUGCACGUGCUCCAUCAACAGCUGUAGCUGGUGUUGGAUCUGCUUUCUGUUUUGGGAGUACCUUUGUUGUUCCCUGUGGGACAAUAAUACAGAUACUGUGGCGUUUAUAAGGAGCAAAGACAAUAUCCAGUGGCCACACUAUGGAAUCACACGUGUGUUAGUCCAAAAGAGCACAAUUUUCUGUCAGGAAGACAUUGGCUGAUGCUGCCUAUAUCAACUUAAAUAUAAACCCGUAUGCUUUUCUUACACUAAUACCUACUUUUGUAAAGGGGCAGUUGACAUCCUAGUAGGAGCUGACCAGAUCCAGGAAUUUCUUUGAACUUAUCUUGCCUUACUCAAGCUGAAGAGUUUUUUAAAAAAGUAGCACAAAUGUGUCUGCAUGGGAAAUGGUCCAUGGAAUAAGAUGCUCUGUCACACAGGCAUUUAUCCUGGGGAGGGGCCAAGUUUGCAGAAUACCCAGCAGAAAGGCGUUCAGGUGCUUCCAUCAUUUUUGGCAUAUUGUAUUCCUGGCUUAAAGCCCUGGGGUACAUUCUCUAAUGAUUGCUUAUGAAAUUGUUGUAAAUCAAUCUAGAGCCUUCUGCAUGUUCCCACCUUUCCUCCCCCAGCUGCAGGUCCCACGCCAUAGGUUGUCGGUUGCAUCACGGCAGUUGUGACUGCAGGGAAAUCCAUUCCUGCUUGCCCAACCACCAGGAGCUAAUUACUGUUUUCCAGGAUUAAAUUGUUCAGGGACUGUGCACUGACCCAAAUCACUGCCUGCCUGCAAAGGCAUUGAUGGUUGUUGAGGCAUGAGAGGGGUAAGGACAGGUGUGGGAGCCGGGACAUCCUCCUUCCCUGGCAUGGUGAAUCCUAUCCUGUCUGUCCGGCUGCUUUGGUAAGGUUGCCUAAGGCUGUUCCUCCAUAAUCACUUCAGUGGCAGCUGAAGAAAUUCCUCCUCUUCACCACUGCACUCCUCACAAACUCCCCUUCCCUCUCCCUGGGACAACUGCUUGGGUGGCUGUGCAUGAAUCGAGCUGGAGAGAACAGAGCUGCUGGGACCAGCCUGACACUUGGAAGAGGGCCCUGUGCACAGUUGCAGUGCUGUGGCUUGUUCCUGGCCAUGUAGGCUGCUCUGGCUGGUGGGACCUAUUUCAAACCUUUAGUACUUCUAUAAGCAUGUGCUUCCCUUCUCCUUUUCUAGCAUAAGCCUCCUGCUCUCCAGAGCAGUUGUUAAGGCAAAGGCAGCAGGAGUGGGGCAUGUUUUGCCAGCAGACCUUGACCUGGACUCUACACAGCUCCAACUGAGCAGGCGCUUGGGGGUUGGGGACUGUUGUGUGCCUGGUGCCCUUCCUCAAAUGCCCUCCCUGAAACCACUGUUGUGGUUUCCCCUCCUGUCUUCUAAAGCCUGGGCCAGGUGCAGUUUCAGGCCCCUGUUAAAGACCCCCAAGUCGUUUUAAGUCUGAAAACACUACGUUGUGUUUGCCUGAAGGACAGCUUGGGGAAUUGACAGCUCAGCCAGCACUUAGAGGAGCUCACCCAGAGGAGCCCUUGAAGCUGUCAUUUGCACUGGAUUUUCUUGCUGAGUGUUGAGGAGGUCAGUUGAGUUUUUGGGUCAGGUUGUCUCUAUUUAAGCCUGUCUGUGAGACUGGAAAUACCCCAGGGAGGGUCCCAAACACCUCAUCCCUCUGAACCCAGCCCUUAGGCAGUUAGGACCUUGCCCCAGUAUGCCAGCCAGGCACCUCCUCACCCCCGACAGGUGUUUGUGGCCAGGUGCACAGCACCACAUGGGUGUUUUGCAAGGCACAUUGCUCAGGGGGAAUGAGUACUCUUGUUUUUAACCCAUGUGAGUUGGACAAAGUCCAGACACAAGGACAACAGCAGAUUUUUGGAUUGUUUUGGUUUUGGCAGGUUGAACCUUAGCUGUUGCAUUACUUAAGAGUGCUGUUCUUUGAAUACGACCCUAGCUGUCAUCAUUCACUUGCUCUGACACAACAGGAUUUCAGAGACCUCAUUUUUCCAUGCUUUCCAUUGCAAAAGUGAGAACUUACUGAUAAUGCUUAAUAUGUUCCUGCUGCAUUGCAGCUGUUUCUGCUUUUGACCAGAGAUGUAAAGUAAAAUUUAAUUCUCCACAACUGCUCCAGUCAGAUAGCAAACACAGAGGGAGGACUAUGUAUGGUGCUGCCCAGGUUAUUGAAAAAGUGUGUGAGUUGUCCUCACACUUUAAACUAAGUAAGGAAUUAACUCCUACCUCUAAUUAACCAGGACCUCUCCUAAAAGUGUUGCAGAACUUAUAUCAGGCUUGUGCUGCCACUUGAAUGCAGGACCAGUGGCAUUCUGAUGCUGUAGUCCCUGUUUGUGGACGUACAUACAUAUGUGUGCAUACACACUUGUAUGUGCCUGUACUGGAGGGGUGAUGAAAUCAGAAGGUGGCUGUGAAAACUUAAUUAAGGCCUGAGCAUGUGGAAAAGAAUCUUUUUUCCUCCCCAUGUUAACUGAAAGCUUGGCUAAUGAUCACAGUGGCAUCAAUAUUUAUGUAAGGUGUAACAAGGUGAUGGUGCUGGGAUUCUUGGUGAGAGAAAAAAAAUAGUAUUUUUGAUAUACCUUCUUCUCUGUUUAUUAGAUUGAGAAAAAGCAUUGGUUUAGGUGCAUAAAAUGAGGGGGGAAAAUUAGAACUAAGAGUCAAGUUUGUUUGGGGAAGCAUAGCAGAGAGUCCUUCAUGACAAACCAAACCCAGACAGGCAGGAAAGACACACCAGAAGGGACACAGGAACGGGAAGUCCCAUCUAUGGGAUCAAGGCAUCCUUCAGUAGGUGCUACUGAGGGUAAAAAAGAAAUUAAGGGAAGUUACCCUGGUUCUGUAGUUGGGUCUGUUUGACUGUGCUGCACCCCACAGGCAGGAUGUGGAAUGCUUCUGGCCCUGCCAGGGAGCCACGGAACACAGGCUGGAGACCUGCAGGAGUGAUCUGGAUGUUUGCCACUGGUUAGAGGCAGAGAAAAGAACGGCCCUCUGAGAAAGGACAGGGGAAGGGGAGGCCUGGAGAGACACCUGCAAGGGAGGUGGGGAUAGGUGUGGUAUCCCUGGCAGCACAUUGGCAGGAGGUAAGAGCUGUCUGGGCUGCUGGGCAGGGAAGGGAUUACCUCUGAGAAGCGUCAAAGUCAGGAAACCUUUUCUGGAGAGCUGUCAUCCUAGUUCUUUGCCUUACUCAGCUGGGAGACAAAAAGCUUUGGAGGAAUGGUUGCUAUUGACACUGUAGAUAUGUAACAGAGCUGUGUCUCUUAGGCCUUUAAGGAUCCAAAACAAAAGGAAAACACCUUAUCCAGCUGCCUUGAUGAGGGGGAAAAAUUCCUCAUCACACUGCUGCCUACAAAGCAAAUCCCAUGGACUGACAAAUUCAGAUGCAGCGCUGUCUACACCACUUCCUGAGCAUAUGGGAUUGUUCACUGAUGAUGACCAUGUUUUAAUUUCCCCAAACCACAGUGCUCUACAUAUUUUGUUCUUUUUAGGGACUGACAUCCCUCCUCAACUUUUAUAGCAGCUUUCAGAGACAAACAUAACCAGGUUACUGUGACUGAAUCCCCUCCUGUGCACUAGGAGCUCAGCUGGUGACAGCUUUCACUUCCCUUUCACCUCUUGCCACAUCUGGAUGGUUGUAUCCUGGUGCUGUCUGCUUCCACAGCUGCUGCCAUCAGCUUGGAUUGCCAGCUGAUACAUAUUGAUAUAUGAAACACCUAACCUGAACUACAUUCUUCUCUCAAGUGUCUUUUCCCCUAAGAAUAAGCUCUGCACGUCCACAUUACCUUUCUGUGUGGUUUGUGAGCAAGAGAUCCAAGAGAUGUUUAUCCUGAAACAUCCUGGGGAAGAGAUCAGCUGACAUUUAUACAUUCAUGGCAGUCAAGGGAAGGUAAGCUCCUCAACCAGACAAGCUGAAUGAAGUAUUUGCUACUGAAGGCAGUUCUGCACUUUCAUUUCCUGGUGAUUUUGCUUCUUCGGCCACCACAUAUAAAACCAGUAGAUGUUCUUUUUCUCUGCCAGCUGGGCAGGCACCAGCAUUCCCUGGCCAUGUCUUCCAUUCCAGCAGCAAAGUCAAGUUGCCGCCCAGAGCAGCUGAGUCACAGACACAGGCUCAGUUGCCACUAUUGCCUUUUAUAGUGACUACGUUUAAGAAUUGCCCUUAAAUGCAAUUAAAGCAAAAACCAGGACACAAAACUGAGGAAAUGCCCAUAUUCCUGUGUACCUCUAAUGGCAGGUUUGUCUUUCCCUUUGGUGGGAGCUGUGCAAUUCUGUAAUUAUAUGCUGGUUACUCACCACACUCAUUUUGCAGGACAAAUUAUGCCCUGGGGCAAUCAGUGAGACCACUCAGCAGUGGCCUUUGCUUUUCUCUCUGUCCAGUUCUGUCAAGUGUCCCCAACCUGAGCAAGCCUGUCCCUGGUAACACAAGUCCCUGAGCUGUUCCAACACGUGAGUUUCUCACAGCAUCAGUAUUUGGAGCACCACUGCCUCACACCAGAGGUGACUGCGCCACAAAAAAACAUCCCAUCCAUGCCAACUCUGGCAACAAUAAAUCAGCUCCACUGCCACUUGCAGGCUCAGUCCUUAAUAAGUAGCACUUAAUAAGUGUCUUUUCUUGAGCUCUCUUUAGAAAAAGGUGGGGAGCACUUUUCAGUUGUAGAGGAGAAGCAACUCAGAUGUAGGUGAUUCUGCAAAUGAGAAACAUUCAUGAAGGCUGAAAUUGCAACUCCUUAACUUAGAACCCAGAGAAGGGGGACAGAAGAGGGUUAAGCCAAGGAAGGGCAGAACUCCCUCAGAUUGCACUGAACCAAGGGACUCCUGAGAAGGAAAAAACAAACCUAUAUAGAGCCCAGUUCAUGACAAAGCACACCUUGUUCUCAGCAGAGAGGAACAUUUACUUCAGUCCUAGCCUCUGCUCAGGCCUUAGGCAAGGAAGGUGGAGAUUCUAAUGAGUUACUGCUUCUACUCCUGCCCUUGCCGUGCUCUUAGCACACAGGGGCUCAAGGGGCAGAAACCAAGCACCUGGUCCUGCCCAGUCAGCCAAGGACAGCUGGACCCUGCUGGAAGACCAGAGGCACCUGCACAUCUCAGCAUCUCCGCCUGCAGUGCCAGACAGAGUCAAGCUGGCAAGCACCGAGCACCACUCUGCUGAGACAUAGGUCACCCCUUCUUCAUCCUGCUCUGCAAGGUACCAGGCAACACCACACACCAGUCUGCCAGAUGCCCCAUGGAAAACAGAUCCCUGAGCUACCCCUUCCUCUGUUUUCAGAUUCUAGAAGCUGACUGCUAAGCACCUUCAACACCUCCCAGCACCAUUAGUAACUUCUAACACAGAGCAGCCCUGAGCAUUGAUACACCACUAAACAGUCAAAGGAUUAAUAACAUCAAUUUUUAUUCCAAACAAGACAGAACUUCAGAACACCUGUAAUCCUCCUGGUCAUAUUUCAUGGAAGUCUUUAGAACACUGGACACACUAAUUUACUAUUCAAACUAUAACAGUCAGGGAUAGGAUAAUGGCACUGCUGAAGGGGUUUCUUCUAAACAAACUAAAAGUUAAUGUUUAAGAGUUAACUUUCUUCUACAAUGCUCAGCUUUGUCUUGAGGUGCUUAGCAACAAAAGCAAAAAAAUAAGCCUGCUUU